CACCAAUUGUUCCGAAACACCAAUCCUAAGCACGAAGCCAGUCAAUAACAGAAACAUAACCAACUAUGACGACCCACCGCCUCCUCCUUCUCCCCUUCCUCUUCUCAUCCACAUUCCUCUUCCUCCACCCGUCACCCGCCGCCGCCGACUCCUAUGCCACCUCCCCCGCCGAAUCUCCUCCUAACUCCACCGAUUUCAUCCGCACCAGCUGCGGCAUCACUCUCUACCCGGACAUCUGCUACUCCUCCCUCUCUCGCUACGCCAAUGCCGUCCAGCAGAAUCCCGGCCAGCUCGCUCGCGUCGCUAUCGCCGUCAGUCUCUCCAAGGCUCACCGCAUGGCCUCCUACAUCUCCAACCUCACUCGGGAAGCCGAUUACGCCGCCAACUCGCGCGCCGCCUCCGCCCUCCAUGAUUGCUUCAGCAACGUGGGAGACGCCGUGGACGAAAUUCGCGGUUCCUUGAAGCAGAUGCGGCAGAUUGGGGCCGCAGGCUCCGGCGAGGAGUCUUUCAAGUUCCAGAUGAGCAACGUGCAGACGUGGAUGAGCGCGGCGCUGACGGACGAGGAGACCUGUACGGACGGCUUCGAGGACGUGCCAGACAGUCCGGUGAAGGCGGAUGUGUGCGGUAAGGUCACGGGCUUGAAGAAGUUCACCAGUAAUGCCUUAGCGCUCGUGAAUAAUUACGCUAACACGGGAACGCCUUGAAAACGUCAAUACGGUCCAUCCGAUUUGGCUUCUUCUGAGGGUGAUUAAAAUAUGGGUUACUGCGUAGUCUACUGUGAACUGAGAAUCCUCCCUGUAUGUAUAUUUUGGUCUUCCUGUAGUUUUUUUUUAAUCCUUUUCUAAAACCAGAAAAAUGGGAGUGUGUUUGUGUUUGCCAGCCUUUUGGUGGAAUCUGUCAAAAUAGAAAAUGUGAAAAACAGAAAUUCGCUAAAACCAAUAGAAAUAGAGAAAUGUGGAACUGUUUGUUUUGAUUC